AUGACCCGCCAUGGCCGCCCGGCCAGGAGCAUCCUGGCUGGCCUCAGCCCAGUCCGCAACCUGAGCCCGGGGCCUGAGCCCACGCCCGAGGCGGGGGACAGCUCGGCCACCAGCGCCUCCCUCUUCAGCCCCGUGGUGGAGCCCCCGAGGGAGCCCCGCCGGAGACUCCGCCGGAGGAAGGCGGCCCAGCGGGCCCGGGCCACCCCUGGCCUCCCCCUAGGGCCGGAGCAGCCGCCCAGGGCCCUCCCCCAGAGCACGGCCCGCAAGGCCUGCAUCAGCGGCUGCAGCUCGGCCCGCUGGAAGAGGAGCCGGGCCCCCCAGGCCCAGCCCAGCCAGGCCGCCGCGGGGGCGCGGGGCUGGGCCCAGGCGCGGGCCUCGCUCUCCUUUCACAGGAAGAAGGUGGUGGCCGAGCCGCAGCCGGCCGGCUCGCCCUGCAGCUCCCUGCUCCUGGACUCGCCGGGCCCCUCCGGCGGCACCCCCUGGCAGACCUCCUCCAUGUACGUGCUGACCCCCGACAGGUCCUCGAGCGCCGCCGAGAUGGCGCUGUCGGACGCCGAGAAGGUGUUCCGAGAGUGCCAGCAGGAGGGGCCGCUGGCCUUCGGGCACUACCUGAGCCCGGACCGGAUCCAGAGCUGCGACAAGAUCGGGGAGGGCGUGUUCGGGGAGGUGGACCGCACCGUGGCGGAGGACCGCACGGCGGCCCUGAAAGUCAUCGCCAUCGAGGGCCGGGAGCUGGUGAACGGAAGCCCACAGAAAACCUUCGGCGAAAUCCUGCCCGAGAUCAUCAUCUCCAAGGAGCUGAGCCUCCUGUCCGAGGAGUCCCCCAACCGCACCGAGGGCUUCAUUGGCCUCUACGGGGUGCGCUGCGUGCGGGGCCCCUACCCAGACCUGCUGCUCCGGGCCUGGGACGCCUUCCGCAGCCGCCGGGGCUCGGAGAACCAGCGGCCUGACUUCUUCGGGCCGGAGCAGCUCUACGUGGUGCUGGAGUUCGAGUUCGGGGGCACGGACCUGGAGCGCAUGCAGAAGCAGCUGCCCUCAGUGGCCACGGCCAAGAGCCUGCUGCACCAGGUCACGGCGGCGCUGGCCGUGGCCGAGGCCGCCCUGCGCUUCGAGCACCGGGACCUGCACUGGGGCAACGUGCUGGUGAGGAGGACUGGCGCCAAGGAGCUGGGCUACACGCUGGAUGGGCGGGCGGCCACCAUUGCCACCCAGGGCAUCCAGGUGAACAUCAUCGACUACACCCUGUCCCGGCUGGAGAAGAAUGGCCUGGUGGUCUUCUGCGACCUCUCCCAGGAGCAGGAGCUCUUCCGGGGCUGGGGCGACUACCAGUUCGAGGUCUACAGGCUCAUGAAAAAGAGGAGCCGCGGGGACUGGGCGCACUUCCAGCCCUACAGCAACGUGCUGUGGCUGCACUACCUGGCCGACAAGGUCCUCAGGGAGAUGGCCUUCAAGAAGAAGGCCACCACCGCGCCUAUGCGCCAGGUGAGGCGGCAGAUCCGGGCUUUCUACGAGUCGGCGCUUGGCUUCAACUCGGCCACCGAGCUGCUGCAGAGCCACAGCCUGUUCCAGUGA